AUUCCGCUUAGGGCUUCGAAAUGUGAAUAUGUCCCUGCCAUGGGAAGCAAGAUUGCUGGCCCCUUCAAAAUAAUCCUUCUCGUUUCAUGUGGUUAAAGAUUCACGAGCUUGCCAAGCACCUCUACAGUUUGCACAGUGCUCAGCCUCCCCUCCUCCUCCCCUCUCUUCUGUGUCUCUUUCUCUCUGCACCCCCCCCCCCCAACCCCGCGUGCGCCCGUGCGCGCGCCCAUGUUCGUGCGUUCUUUUCAUUUCUACCAUUAGGAAACCCACUCAGAGCCUCCGUGAACUCAGAAGACGCUCAGUUCUUAUUUCCCACGGAUUCCUGACUCUCCGGAAACGCUGACAGCGUAUACACUGGAGGAUAUUAUGCUGGAGAGACCACCGAUUCUUAAGAAAUGAGCCAUGGAGAAAAAAACGGCAAAGCUGGAAGCCCUGGAAGAGGCCUUAGCACGAAAAUAGGAUCUGCGUUCGGCUACAGGGUCCUAAUCCCCUCUCUUCAGCACCGGAGGGGAUGGACAGCGUCUCCCAGCUGGGCCUCCGUCUUGGGGACUUAGGUGUGCUGCUGCGGCUGCCUCUACUGCUGUCCUUGUGGUCACUGUCAUGGACAAGAGCUCUCGGCAGCUAAAAGGCGGUGCCUCCGGUCCCCUUCCUUGAUGGUUGAAAACCUGCCUUCCUCAUCCUCUUGUCACUCAUAGGAACCCGACUCCGCGUGGUUAAACUCUGGGCAGCAACUCCAAAAAUAAUUUUCUGCAUGGGCUGGAAGGAAAGCAGGCAGAAGAGUGGAGUUGAAGUUCUUAGAAGCACCAAGGAACUGUAAGCGCUGCAGCAGGAGUUGAAAUACCCAAAGGCCCACAGUUCUUUAAACAAGAACUUCCCAGACUGGAUUGCAGCUGUGGUGGAAACGGCUUUGCGAGAGGUUGGAGAUACUAAACCCCAACAUUAGAGUAGCGGAAAAGACUCCAUUUCCUCUGCUCAGCAGUCUGCUCUCCAGGAUGUUGAGAUUGCCCAAGAAAUAACGUUGCAAAGAAGACUUACCACUCUACCUAAAUUCAAAUGGAUGGAAUGGAAUACCAGAUGAUAAAACCAUCACAGUAUUGACUGAUGUACAUACAAGCUCACAAACUCAGCAAUGGCACAUCAAUAACAAGCAUAAAUUAAGAACGCAUCCUUCAGAGUGCCACAGCACAUGGAUUUCAGAACUACCUGUGAGGAGUCGAAGACAGGGGUUUGCUUGCUACAAGAUGGUAAUCAGGAACCUUUUAAAGUCCGGCUGCAUCUUGCCAGAGAUCUGCUGAUGCUACAGGAGCAAGACGUUCUGUGUGUGUCUGGUGAGCCUUUCUAUUCUGGUGAAAGAACGGUGACAAUCAGAAGGCAGACAGUAGGAGGAUUUGGAUUAAGCAUAAAGGGAGGUGCAGAACAUAACAUUCCAGUUGUCAUUUCUAAAAUCUCCAAGGAGCAAAGAGCGGAGCUUUCAGGACUGCUUUUCAUCGGAGAUGCAAUUCUGCAGAUAAAUGGAAUUAAUGUGAGGAAAUGCAGGCAUGAAGAAGUGGUCCAGGUUCUCCGGAACGCUGGGGAGGAAGUGACGCUGACGGUAUCAUUUUUAAAAAGGGCACCUGCUUUCCUCAAGCUCCCACUGAAUGAAGACUGCGCAUGUGCUCCAAGUGACCAAAGCAGUGGUACCUCUUCUCCUCUUUGUGACAGUGGCUUGCAUCUCAACUACCAUCCAAACAACACAGAUACACUUUCCUGCUCUUCGUGGCCCACAUCUCCAGGCCUGCGGUGGGAGAAGCGGUGGUGUGACCUCAGGCUCAUUCCUCUACUGCAUGCCCGCUUCUCCCAGUACCUGCCCGGGACUGACCUGAGUCGGCAGAACGCUUUCCAAGUUGUUGCUGUGGAUGGAGUCUGCAGUGGAAUUAUUCAGUGCCUGUCUACUGAAGACUGCAUGGAUUGGCUCCAAGCAAUAGCAGCUAAUAUUUCAAGCCUCACAAAGCAUAAUAUCAAAAAAAUCAACAGAAAUUUCCCUGUAAACCAGCAGAUUGUUUACAUGGGUUGGUGCGAAGCACGGGAGCAGGAAUCACUCCAGGACCGUGUGUACACACCUGUCUUUCUCGCCCUGAGGGGCUCCUGUCUUUACAGGUUCCCUUCACCUCCAGUGACCACAUGGGAUUGGACACGAGCAGAGAAAACCUUCUCCAUAUGUGAGAUCAUGUGCAAGGUUCUCAAGGACAGUGACCUGCUGGAUCGGCGGAAACAUUGCUUUACUAUGCAGUCUGAGUGUGGGGAGGACUUCUACUUCUCGGUGGAGUUAGAGAGUGACCUUGCCCAAUGGGAACGAGCCUUCCAAACAGCCACCUUCUUAGAAGUAGAACGGAUACAGUGCAAGACCUAUGCUUGUGUGCUGGAGAGUCACCUAAUGGGCCUCACGAUUGACUUCAGCUCGGGCUUCAUCUGCUAUGAUGCAGCAACAAAGGCCAUACUUUGGAGGUAUAAAUUCUCUCAGCUUAAAGGCUCAUCAGAUGACGGCAAAAGCAAAAUAAAAUUUUUGUUUCAGAAUUCAGAAACUAAACAAAUUGAAGCAAAGGAGUUGGAAUUUUCAAAUUUAUUUGCUGUUCUUCACUGUAUCCAUUCAUUUUUUGCUGCCAAAGUAGCUUGUUUGGACCCUCAGUUUUUAGGCAAUCAGGCUGCUGCUUCUGCUACUGCCACCUCUGCUUCUACAAGCAAAGCAAAGCACGUGGCUUGACAGACUGAGUUCUGCCUAGCAGCCCCGCUGUCACUCCUCGUUUUCAUCCGUCAGAGACCAUGCUGUAACCAUGUCAACAAUGGAGUCAGACUUCAACUCCAGCGGGAAAAAUGUCAGGAGGUAUCUGUAGUAGAUCUUACCCUGGCAGGUAUCCGCAACUAACCCGGAAUGGGCAGAGAAGCCUAUUCUUUCUCCUCUGAUCUUUAUCAGGACACAGCUGUCACCGUGUAUGGUGAUGAAUGAUUGGUGUAAAGUAUGUAAAUAACACAAAAAUUGUAAGCUACCUAUAAAUAAAAAUACCAAUUAAAUGGCUAUUUCUCUAUUUUAGAUUAUUUUGUAUGACAGAGACAUAGUGGGCAGAUCAUGAACCAAUGCCCUAUCAUUGUAUUGUGAGUGUAAAUAAAUUAAAAAGUAAAGCAAGGCAAGUAGCAUGCAAAAAUAAUAAUAAAACAUUAAACCCUCAAGGAUAGAAGUACCUUAACCUACCCACAUGAGUUUCUUCCUAUAUUCCCAUCUUAUGUUUCCACAUGAGCACUCUGAUUGUGUUUACCAGAUUUUAAAUCUUCUGAAGAAUAAGUAAAGAUAAUCACAUUGGCCUGUGAUACACACUAAGAAAUGAAACAUUCCUUCUUGAAUGAAUGCUACAAAAACGUUUUAUAUUAAAAAUGGUAUUAGUCCUGAAUGGCUAAAACACUCAUGAUUUCCCUGUUCUUCAUGUAAACACUCUUAUACUCUUUUGCCUAAUGAUAUUUAUAAACAAACUAGACUUUAAUAAAUUGAUAUGACCCAAAAUUCUUACAGAGAAAAUUAUGUCAACAAAUUCUGUUUAAGAAAUAGGACUUUGUAACCCUCUUCUGUUUAGUCAUGAAUUAAAAAGUUCCUGAAAAGUAGCCACAGAGGCAAUAAUUUCAUUUGAGUAUAUUUAUUGAGUAAAUUAAGUGAGAUUUGGAAAUAAUUCUCAAAAUACAUGUCCUAGAAUGCCAUGGAGUAUGAUGAAGUAGUUAUAAUAGAUUAAGACUGCUGUAGCUAGCUUGUGUUAGUGUUAGGAAGACGAAAAGGACAGAAAUAGGCAAUAUGGAGAAUGUACUCACAGCUGGGAAUGGGGUCUUGCUAGUCACACAAAGCAGGAAGCAUUCUCUGGCCCUCAUCUAAGGCUCUGUAGAUGUCUGCUUUUAAACAACUGGGUACUUAUUGAAAAGUAAAAAGGAAGCCCAUUUUUGCUUGUACACAUUUCAGUUGAUAACUGUUUUAGCUCUUUUUAAAUGACCAGUUUUCUAACGGGGAGUUCACUAAUGUAAGAUUGGAACUAAAAUGCCUUUCCAAAAGAACAAAAAAAAAUUUAAUAAUAAAAGUUUACAAACACUAUAAGAAAUUCAAUGUUUCCCUACAAUAGUAAUAUUGAAAUUGUUGCUUACUAUAUCAACCAGACACAAAGAUUAUGGCAAAUUUUGGAUGCCACCAACAUCAGAGUUCUGACUGUCUAACAUAAAGUAGAAGGAGUGAAUAUGGACAUAUUUUACUAUUUCUUCUGAAACCUCUGCUACUGAGCAAGGUGCAGCCACAUGGUGGGUGACCUGGUCUGUAGGGCUUGUGAUAUGCCACAGUCAUCAAAACUAAAAAAAAAGGAAAUAAUCUGGGUUUUAAACAAUGCAGAAUUCUUCUGUAAUCAUGUAAGAUAAUUUCAUGGGGCUGGAAAGGUGACUGAGCUUUAAGGAUUAUUUUUGCUCCUGCAAAGAAGGCAGACUUGCUUUGAGCACUCACUCAGUGAUCUGUAACUACAGUUCCAGGGGUUCUGAUGCCAUUUUCCAGACUCAGCAUCUCUGGGGAUGCAUGUGGUGCAGGUGAAACAACACAUAAAAUGAUGUAGAUUUUACAAGGUUCUCUUUAAACAGACAAAAACAAAUUAUGCUUUUAUUGUUGUUAUCUCCAAUAUUCUACCAGUGUUCCCAUUGUGAAAACGGCAAAAGUAUGAGAUGAUGUCUUUGAGUAUAGAGCUAGUGUACUUACAGAUACAUAAGUACAUGUAUAGAGACAAGUAUAAAUUGUUGACCUUAAUUAUACUGAAAUAAAAUUUUCCACAUACAUAUAUAGCAUAAUUUGAAUUCAGCUAUAAAGUGUUGCUUGAAAUAAAACAUAUUAAAACAACCUUAGUAUUGUUACUAUUUAUAAUAUUGAUCGGCAUAUCUUCAUGCUGAAAUUGCUAUUUAACACGAUUAGUGGCGCAAGCAGCAGUUAGGAAAAUACUGCUCUGAUUUUCAUCAGUUUAACAGUUAGUGUUUUAUGCUUUCUUUAUAGUGCUAUUAAUCACUGUUAUUUGCUGUUGUUCCUUGGGCUACUUCAGUGAGAGAGUUUAGAAAUGAAUUGAAACACAGAUUUCAAUUUCUCCGUAACUUAGGUAGGUUCCAAUAUAGGAGAUUUUUUUUUUCAAAAGUUGCAAGUUUGAGUAUUAAGCACAUAUGAGAAUACUUCAUGAUGUUUUAACCCCUCCAGUGCCUUGGUGGAUGUGUAUGCACAUGCAUGUAUAUGGGGGCAAAUUAAAGGGCUGAUUACAGUGUGCACAGUAUAAACUUAAAGGGCAAUGUAGUUUUGGGAGUUAGAGACAAGAGUUUCAAACCACUUGAAAAUUGUUGAGAAUACCUUUUAUGUGAUUAAAAUAGCAAACCAUCAACACUGAAAUAUAUCAAAGCAGGGGCAUUUGAGUCUGUUAUAGUGCAACUUCAAAAACACUUUAAAGGAUGAUUUAAAAAUAAUAAAUACUCCAAAUGCUUCCCAUCCAAUCUUACUUUUAAGGAGCAGCAUGAGCUACUGCGUUCUCAUACAUUUCGGUCAUGAACAGACCUCUUAUAAAGCCUUUGCUCAUAAAAGUCGCCCAAUAAGAAGAAAGACAAUGAAUACCAAGUCAAUAUGGCAAACAGAGAAAAAAUUUUUAUAUAGACAGUGCGGUUUUCUUCUGGAUACAUGAGCUGAUGAGUCCACAUAUCCUUUGCUUAGGUCACAAUGAUUGUUCAUAGUAUAUUCCAUGUCAAAUGCUGGGCUUAAGUGAUGCUUGAUUUAUCACUGAGGAACAGUGAUUCAUAGCAAUCACUUCACUUUACUGUUUCAAACCCGAAGUGUGGAGAAGCUCUACCAGUGCAAGGACAAGCUUAAGCUUAACUCUGUAAGGUAAGUGUCUGUGUUCACACUUAACGAUAAAUAUUUUGUUCCUGUUGCUAUUGCUGUGCUCAGGAGCUUAAGGACUCUCUUGAUCCACAUCUCUAGAAUUUCUGUUUGUAUUUUAUUCUGACUCCUUAAUACCCUAAACUCAUGUCAAUUUAUGUUAUACCUUAACUCUAAUGAUAAUAAAUAAUAUAAAUGUUAUAUAUUUUAUACAUAUUACAAUGUAGUGAAAUAGAAAGAUAAAAUGUAAAUAUAUUUAUUUCCUAUUUAAAUGUUUGGUGGAUGUUUCUAAAAUGUAAAUUCAGAUCUGUUAUAACUUGCCACUCUGUCUUUGGGUUCAUUAAUGAUUUAUUACAAAAUAAAGCAAAUAAAAAAAAAGAAACCUUUCUUAAUGAAGCAUACUAGAAA